GCAAAACGUGAAGAAGAAGCACGACACUUGGUUGUUGAACACUCUCAUAUCUGCUUCAUGUGGUAUUACACAGUUACAAAUGAUAUGGAGAAUUUAACCCAGAUUGUUACAAUCUGGGUGUAUGAUCCUGAAAACGCAAACAAUGAAGAGAUAAUGUGGAAAUCAACCAUCCCAUCAGCAAAUUCCCUGGUAUUAACCAAGGUGCUGUCUACCUUGGGACAGAAGCCUAUAAUACAUACACUUUUGAAGAGAAGAACAUACUCCCCUGAUGACAGCAUGAAUGAGGGGACCUGGACAGUGCGGAUACCCAUGGCCAGCGACGAUGUGCUGAAGGAGAUCAAGGGGAACCAGGUGGCUUUCCAAGAUUGCUUUAUCGCGCACCUGCCUUUCCUGCUGACGGUGCCCAUGCCCACCAUCCCCGAGGCUCCUGGCUCUCUCCCACUCAUGUCUCCCAGUGGGACACCACUAAUAACUGUCUGGAACGCGUGCGCCCCUUCGUUUGUGGUGGUGGUCACCAACAUGGAGACCUUUCAAACCAAUGAUUCCUUCCACACUUGGACCAGAGUGAGAGUGCCUCCCAAUGCGCUGAGUGACUCGGAACGGCGCAGUGUGACCGACGUCAUCCUACUGGACCAGGGGAUGGUGUUUUUAAUAAAGGGCUCGCUCUACCUGAGAUCCUUGCAGGAAUUUAAGAGGCUUCAGAGCAACAAUGGCCUUCCUAAGGGUGGAAUCCGUGGCAUCGAAACCAGAAGAUGGUGUGGGGGCAUGUACACGUAUAAGAUAAAAAGAGGCCAAAGUGUCAUAUUGGCCUGGACAGAAAAUGAAAUUUACCUCCAAUAUUCCUCCUUAAAGUUUGUCAAAUUAAUAACCACGACGGAACUGAAACGUAUUCUGGGUCUUCCAUCAGAUGACACCCUGACCGUGCUGCACCUGGAGUACACACUGCAUCCCGAGGAGUUCGCUGUGCUAGCCCAGCACUGUGGCUCCUGCACCACCACCAAAAAGGUUUACAUCAUGGUCUAUAACGAGUACUCAACACACUGGGUCUGCCAGGACUUCGCCCUCGAGAUCCCCAUGGAUUCUUCACUCAUCCCACAUUUCUUGUACUCAGCCACGCCAGAUAUGAUCCUGUGGGACAGACACAGAGUGUACUAUUGUUACCAAAACUUCACUGUGACUGGAACUAUACGCACAACUACCGGAGAGGAAAAUCUGUCACUGUUAUCCGGUGACAGCAAUAUUCAUGACGUUUUUGUAGAUUAUUUUGGAAAUAUUAUAGUACAAAUGGAAAACAAUAUAAUGUUUUAUUUCAAGAUUAAUAUUAGAGAUGCAAUAAAAAUGCAUGUGUGGACAAGCGAGAGGGUGAAGUCCGCGUUCUGCCUCAGUGCCUCCUCCCUGGUGUAUCUGGUGAACAUCUUCGACAAUGGCACAGUAAAACCGCAGGAAUACCCCUUAAAUCUGGAAGUCCAGAGUGUGACUUUGAGAACAGACGACAAAUGCCCAUACAUGGCAUUUCAUAAUAAUAUUUUUCAGCUUUUUUAUUUUUUGGACAAAGGAGAAAGCCUCACCGUUUGGGCUCAGAUAGUUUAUCCAGAAAAUGUUGGUGUAUAUAUUGUUGUGGAAUCAUAUGGCCCCAAAAUAUUAACAAUGCAAAAAGUAACUAAGUAUGAAAUCGCCCUGGGAUACUGCACGAAGACUACAACAAUCACAUUUUCUCAGGAUGCAAAUUAUGAGUCAGUACAGGAUUACUUCAGUGUGCAAGAGAAGAACUCGGGACUGGUGCUCAUCCAGCUCCGACCGAGUGAAUACUCAAAGACAUGCCCCAUAGCCCAAAAGGUGUUCCAAAUAGCCGUGGGCUGUGACGCUCAUAAAUACAUCGCAGUUCGUGGGUUCAAUAAAACUGGGUGUCAACACCGUGAUUUUUCUUACAUGAUUGACAAGUCAUAUCUGCGACAGCGACCACCUGAAAACUUGAAGGUAAGGUAUGACUGGGGAAAAUAUGGCUGCCCGUUGAAAAUUGACUUCAGAGAGAAGUUUCAACCUGUGAUUCAACUAUAUGAUGAAAAUGGCUACGUGAAAGACAUUGAGGUAAACUUCAUAGUGUGGGAGAUACACGGCCGGGAGGACUACAGCUUCAACACCACUAUGACCCAGAGCGGGUGUUUAAAUGAAGCGCAGACGUGGGAGUCCAUGGUGGCACAGAACCAGAGCCUGCCGCUGGACGAGGUGUGGGGCCCUGAGAAUUACAGGCCCUGUUUUUCCUAUGCCGUUGGAAAACCUGGAGACUUAAAUCAGCCCUACGAGAUCAUCAACAUUUCUAACAAUAACCAUUUAUUGUGGCCGACGGACCACAUCGGGAUGUAUGUGUUCCGUGUGAAGGUCUUGGAUCCGAACUUUAGUUUCUGUAAACUGUCGACCAUAUUUGCGGUGGAGACCUAUGGAGUGAUUCCCAGGCCAAACAUCUACCUGGUGGUGUCCUUACUCUUUGUCCUGGUACUCGUGUUCCUGUCCAUCCUGGUCUUCAGCUACUUUUACUACCUGCGAGUUUACAGACAGUUCAUCUAUGAACCACUUCACAAGCCGCAGAAUAAACAAAAGAAAAAUUAGGGGUAGCGAAAGUUUGUUCUGGAAAUAUGAAUAUAAUGUAUGUGUGUGUGCGUGUGUACAUAUGUAGUCACAUUGAGUGUGUUUGACUAAGAACUACUUGAAUCAAAUUCAAGAUCUGAGAAAUGUUCUUAAAUUACUCCCCAAUACUUUCAAUAGAUUGUGUUAUUAAGGCAUUUAUUCUCAUUUAAAGAUAUUCGAUAUUGUCAUACUGAAUUUUUAAGACAAACUACUUUUGGUUAUUAUAAUCCUUCCCAACAAUGAAAGUACAUUGUAAAAACUGUACAGAUGUGCCAAAUGGUAUUUUGCAUAAAACAUUUUCAUAUGGUUGUAGUUAAUUUAUGUCAAAAGUGUGUAGAAU